AUGGACAGAGUAUACCCCAGAAGACAAGGCCGAGUCACAGCCCCACUCGAGUCCGCGCCUCUCUAUCUCUCUUUAGUCCACCAUGCGCAAGGCCCAGGAAAACCAUUCCAGUGGUCACUGUUCGUCGCCCACGAAAACCAACCAGACUCCGUCUACCAGGUCAAAGGCGAUGCAGAAUCCAUGGCUUAUGAGCCCGAAAACUUGGUAAAUGAGACUCAAGCUGAGUCAUUUUCGACCCUCUAUCAACUGGCUAUGGUGUCCGAAGAACAAGCGCGGGUAGUGAAGCAAGUUGCGGAAUGCGAACCUCCUCCACGUGCACCUUCGGCAGUUUGUUAUUGA